AUGGCAGUGGCGGCUGCUUGGUCCAGGAGGCAGUUGGCGUUGUCCCCCUCGGCUGCCAGUAAUGACGGUGUGCUGCUCCCAGGCAUCACAAUGAGUGGAGGCUGGCUGGCUGCUCGUGGUCUUGGAGCCUGCAGCAUGCCUUGGCGGCUCCGACAGCUUCCAAGUCCCAGCUCAGAGGGCUCUGAGGAGGGAAACUCAGUGGAAGUGUUGAGAGGUGGUUUUGACACACUCAGUAGACCUAUUGCUGUUGGUGUGGUUAUCCUAAUAACCUAUCUUCUUGCUGUUCUUGCCAAUAUGAUAAAUAUCAUGUUUAUUAUUUCUGACAAGAGAUUACAUAAACCAAUGUAUCUUCUGAUUUGCAACCUUGCUGUUGUUGAUAUAGUGUACACCUCCAGUUCCAGUCCAACAAUGAUUGGGGUUCUACUCGCAGGUGUUAAUACUAUAUCCUAUGUGGCAUUUGUCCCCCUCCCACACUGCAGUUCAAGGCUGAAAUACAGCUUCUGUGACUUUGCUGCUGUAAUAAGAACGACCUGUGUUAACCCAGAGAAAUAUUUCAAUGAAGUUUCCAUUGCAGCAUUUUUUAUUUUCUUUUUCACUUUCAUUUUUAUUUGUCUUUCAUAUUGUGGAAUCUUACUUUUUGUAAAACUAUCUUCAAAUAAUGAAAAAAUGAAAAUGGGGAGCACUCUUGUGAGUCACUUAAUUUGUGUAGUUGUUCAUUACUGUCCUGCGUUUGUUCGCAUUAUGUUCACUAGGUUUGGUGUGGUACUAACUCUUGAGGAACGCCAAGGUUUAGUAAUUGGUGCAGUCCUCGGUCCAUGUCUUGUAAAUCCUUUUGUGUACUGUCUUAGAACAAAAGAAAUUAAACAAAAGCUCUUUAAGAUUUUCAAAAAGUUUAACACAUCUGACUAA